AGAAGAGGCGGAGCUGAAGAGCAGAAUAUAAAUACAAUGGCGGCGUGGCUUGACAUGUCAGAGUUCUUUAGGUCGAUCGGGAGAAGAUCUCUGGCGUUGAUUCCGAACGGCUUCCCCGACAUACCGUGGAUGACAUCAUCUCGAAGAUCAUUUGGUGUGAUUCAGGGAUUUACAGAGGAUUUAGCCUACCUGUUACCAACGGCCGUGGACCGUGAUAUGAUCCUCAAGGUGUUCUGCCUGUCUCUCCUCCUUUUUGAAACCUCCUGUUUCACUGAGUUUGAGAUUACUGUUCCCAGAGACCCUCUGACUGGGUUUUACGGUGAGGCGCUCAUCCUCCCCUGCACGUUCCCUGUGGACAGUUCGUGGGAUCUGAAAAGCACCGUUAUUACCUGGCAGCGUGGACUGGAUGUUGUUCACAGCUUCUACUACAGUCAGGACCAGCUCGAUCGUCAGAAUCGGCAUUAUGUGAACCGCACCAGUCUGUUCAUUCAGGAGAUGGCAAGAGGAAACGCAUCACUCAGACUGGACAAAGUCACUCCUCAGGAUGCCGGUGUGUACACCUGCUCCGUCAGCACAAACACUGGCAGCCAGAAGAGGAGCUUUGGAGUGAAAAUUGCAGCCUUCUACUCUGAACCUCGUCUGCACUUCUCCAUGUUAACUGAUGGAGUGAAUCUGCAGGUGACCUCAGAUGGGGGUUACCCUUCUCCUACACUGCAGUGGCUGAUGGAGAACUCAGACAUCACUAACCAGACACAAACACACAUCAACCAGGACACAGAGACAGGACUUUAUGUUGUGUCUAGUUUUAUUAGUCUCACCGAAGUCACAAACUCCUCAUUGACAUUCAUACUACACAACAAACCCCUGGGACAAGACAUCAGGAGAGACAUCCAGCUCUACUCAGAUAAGAAUGAACGGCAAGGAGAAUCAGCAUACAGAUGCCAUGGAUGUGUUAUAUUGAUCCCUGUUUUUCUGCUGCUGGUGAUUGUUUUGACUGUAUUGUUUGUGUUCAUUACAAAAAGAAGAAAAAGAAGAAGAGAAGAGACCAAACAAAAUGGCUUCACAGAAAUGGGACUCCAUACUGAAAUUCAAAUUCUUAAUGAAAAAAAUUCAAUAUGCCUAUAAUGGAUGUUACAAAACCACUUCAACUAGUAGUUAUCCUAUUUUAUGAAACUUAUAAAAGCUGUUCUAUGAUUUUCAAGAGAAUAUUUUAAGACAAUAUUUUUUUUUAUCUUGUGUACAAUUAAAUACACCAUGUAUAUUUUUAUGUAUUAACAAUGGCAGCUUUAAAAAAAAAAAAAGUGUAAUGUUUAUUAGUGUUACAUAACCUGAUCCUUUACAUAACAUUUAUGUAACAUUUCAAUCCAGCAUUCUAAUGAUCUGAAGAACAGAUAACUGUAGUGUCUCUCCCAUCUAAACUAAACAGAUCUAAUAUUUUUGGUGCUAAAAACAGUCUUAACAGACCCAGAAUGUGUCACUCAUAACACUACGUAAUGUGCAUUGGUAAUUGUUUUACUUUGCAAAUUCAAGAUUGAGAUCAUUUCCAUUAGUGUUUUUUGUUAUUCGUAAAUGUGUUUGUGUAGUCCUAUGCAAUUGGAAAAUAUUUUUCAUUUGUUUUUGUUCACCUGCAGGCAAGGUGACAUUUCAGUACAUUAACACCAUGUUUGCUACACUGUUUAUUUUCAAAAAUGUAAUUUUGUGUUUUUAGAGUGUUUUUCAAAUUCAUUAAACUUUUUUAAUAGUAAACUUUAUUGAAUUGAGAGUUCGAUUAAUAUGGACUGUGUAAAACCACUAGUGAUAUUAGUGAUAGUAGUAUUCCAGAUGUUCUAUUCAGAAUACAUACUUACACCUGUAAUAGGUGCAUCUUAAAAAAAUAAAAAAAAUUUGCAAAGUA